AUGAACAACCAGUUCAUGAAUAUUCCCAUAAAGAAGGCUAUUUACACGUCUGAUAUGGUGGAGAAGGAAGAAAACAAAAAGAAUGUAGGGGGACAGCACGGAAACAACUCAAACGUUGGAAAUCCCCAUGUCAAUAAUCAACACCCGGGCCAGUAUUCCAAUCAACACUCAAACCAGCACCCAAAUCAGCACCCAAGUCAGUAUUCCAAUCAACACUCAAACCAGCACCCAAAUCAGCACCCAAGUCAGUAUUCCAAUCAACACCCAAAUCAGCACCCAAAUCAGCACCCAAGUCAGCACCCGGGCCAGUAUUUCAAUCAACACCCAAACCAGCACCCAAAUCAACACCCAAACCAGCACCCAAAUCAACACCCAAACCAGCACCCAAAUCAACACUCAAACCAUUAUCCCAAUAGUCAAUAUGCAAAUGCACCACAUCCGAAUAUGCCCAACACCAAUUACAACUACCCCUAUCCAAACAUGCACAAUUACCAAUAUCCCUAUCCCAUGCCUCCACCACAACAACAAAUGAAUAUGUUCACAAAUGAUUGGAAGAGCAUCUUAGCCCCAUUAAAAAGUUGCAGAAUAAAACAACAAUUUGAUGACAGAGAAUUUUUAGCAGAUUUUGCCAUGGGGUUUAAAGUAGAUUUUAAUAAUAGGUAUUUAGUAUUAGAUGGAUCAACUGAGUUGUUGAAAUUUACAGCUACUGAACGUUCAGAUUGUUUUAAUAGAAAUUGUUUACCGAAAAUGUGUAUUCCAAUUAAUAUGAAUAUAAUAUCAUAUGGAAAAGAAAUAAGUAAACCUGAUAUUGUGGUAGAAAAGGAUUGUACAUGUACUAUGCUGUGUUUAAAUAGACCAACUAUUAAAAUGUAUGAUUUUUCAAAUAAUAAUAAUAAGGAGUUAAUCGGAACUAUAAAAGCUCCUUUCAGUUGUUGUUCAUACAAAUUUGAUUUAUUUGAUUCUUCCAAUAGAAAGAUUAUUUAUAUGGAUGAUACAUGUUGUCAGCUUAGUAUUUUAUUUCCUCUUCCAUGUGGCCCUUUUAAAUUUAGUAAUUUUUUUUUGCGUGAUGCAAAAACGAAUGAAAAAGUUGCUCAUUUGCAAAAGGAAGUUCCAUUCUUAAAAUUUGUAAAGAGGGAUAUUGACAAUUAUACCUUAAACUUUGAAGAAGUGAAAAAUCCUGAAUGGAAAAUGAUGCUCUUAGCCUUUUCGCUAUUUAUGGAUUACAUAUAUUAUGACGCCAAAUGA